GCAGGUAACUUGUAUUUGCUUGUAGUACAUGGUAUGGAAAUGUUACAGUUGUAACCUUUUGUUUUGGUGUACAAUCUUGGUUUGCACUUUUCAUGCCUUAUGUAUACACUCAUACUCACACUGUCACAGUCGCACUUACCCUAGGACAUCUAGCGAUCUUAUGAUACCUCACUGUUUUCCACCUUUAGUCCCCACCCGCACACACUCUCUUCUCUUUUGAGGGAUGGGGUACUUAUAUAUUAGGCAUACUCAUAGGCGCUUUCUGUAUCUAUCCUUUUUAGCAUCUUUUUUGACCAUUUCUUAACUUAUUCUUCCACUUCCACUAACAUCCCCGAGAAAGAAAAAAGGGUUGGCGAGGAGGAACUAACAAAUUUGUCAACCAUUUUCAUUUGUUUUCUACUUCUACCUGGACAAGUAUCUAUGUCUAGAAUUUGGUCCUUGCUUUCCACUUGUUGGAAUUUGACUUCUUUAGAGAUUUCUUUUUCCUCUAGUUUGAAAAAGCUUUUUUUCAAUUUGGUCUUAACGUUUCUCCUUGUUGCCAUGUUUUGACAGGCUGAUUUGUUGGAGCACUUCACAUGAUUUCUUACCUCUUGCCAUGUCUUACUUCUUUAACCAUGCUGUACUAUUAUGAUAUUUGCAGAGAGAUGAGGAGUUGAGUCAAUUCCUCAUGUGUUGGAGCAGCUAAUUAGGUGCCAUAUGGAUAUUAAUAAUGCCGAACAUUUGUCUUUUGUCAUAGCUGCCUAGCAUAUGAUUUCAAACUUAUUGAAUUAUGCUGUUGGAUUUUCUUGACGACUGAUCACUAACAGUUUGUGUUGUGUUUUUUUCCUCGACUGACAUUCACUACUUAUCGAUUUCUGUUUUCUUUGCUACACUAGUUUUCUCUCUUAGUUUUUAACACUAAUAUAACUAUGAGAUAACAUUCAGACAGCAGCCUGAUGCUUGCCUUUGCUAUUUCUCUCCAGAAGGUGCAUCUUCAAGAUGUGAAGGUCCUCAGGGAAAAGAUUCUUGUAGUGCAAUGGGCAAUCCUGUUUUGGGCUGAGUGUUGAGAAAUUUUCUUAUCCUCAUAUAUACUUGUAUUAAAUUUAACCUUGUCGGCUUUACGUGGUUAUUCUUUAGAACUAGGUUUCAGCACCAAGAGAGGUAAUUCAGCUCAUCAAAACUAGGUAAGAAGAAAAGCCUAGGGAGUAAGAAGAGAGAAUAUUAAAUGCUUACUGUUUGAUAUGAAGAUACCUCUGUCAUAUUUUUGAGACUUUUUUGUCUUUACCGUUCUAAAAAUUAAAGCAUAUAUGCCUUUCACUAAAGGGUCUUUAUUGAAGUUGAGAUUCUUAAAAAUGGUGGUUUUGGGGGAUUUUCCUUAUUAAUAUGAACAUAAUCAAACUCGGGAUUUUUCGGAAGUAAUUUUUCUUUGUAUUGUGCAAGAAUAGCAGAUGAUGAAUGCAUAUUCAAUAUGUCAACAUAUAGGUAAAGAUUUAUUAGGAAGUUUCAUUAUUUGAUUAAGUUGACAAUGACAAGGUCAGUGAUAUGAACAGAUGAAUAACUUUUUAUUUUCUUAAAGAAAUUUCUUGCUCAAGUAUCAUAAUGUACAAGAUGUGAUUUAUACAAAUUUUGUUAACUUCUUAUUUGUGUGUAACAAAGUGGAGAAAAGGAAUAAGGAGAACCUACACAGAUGGGGCGUGUUGAAAAUAUAAAAAAUUGUUAUACGGAGUAGGUCAGGAGAGUUGAGUAUGCUAUAAUGCAUAUUACAAAGCUAUUCAUUACUUCAUAAACUAACGAAAUAUUGGAGAUAAUAUUUUAGAUGAUCACUCGAUUUAGACGUGUGGACAAUGAAAGUAUUUGUAUCGCAAAAUUUGCUGCAACGUACAAAUCUAUUUUAUUAUAGGUGAAUGAAGAAGGAUUUUAAAAAGGGGAAAUAAUUCAUUUUCAUAUAGUCGAAAAUAUUGAAGAUUUCAAACAUUGGAAAAUGUUUUUUUGAGGUUAAAUAGAAAAUUGCUUUAACUAUAUCAACAACGACUCCGUGGCCCAAUGGAUAAGGCGCUGGUCUACGAAACCAGAGAUUCUGGGUUCGAUCCCCAGCGGAGUCGCAUAUCAUUUUUGUUUUUGCCAUUUCUCUCUAUUUGCUAUCGUAAUUCGUAGCCAUUAUUAUAAUCGUUAGUCACAAUCGUACCUACUAUAAAUCAUCGUUAUAUAUCCAAUAUCACCAAUCAACGUCAUAAACUAUUACUAUUACACAUUACAAUUAUGACCCGUCAAGCUGUCACCAUCAAUCACUACUGUCAACCAUCAUCACUAUUCUAGCUAAACAUCACUAGCCAACAUCCAUCCUCAAUCAACACCCUCAUCAACCACCAUUAUCAUCUCCAAACGCCAUACAACUUGAUAAAAAUAUUCAAUUAUAUAUUUAAAAACUUCUAAAUAAAAACAAAUUUUAUACAUUCAGAUAUUAAGAAAACACACGUAUAAAUAGUCUUUCCUCUUAUAUCGGAUUCAAAAAAUACAUAUAUUACAAGAAUGAGUAAGAUUGAAAUCACAAAUCAUAAAUAAAAAAAAAUAUGGAAAGUCUAAAAAUUCCAGAAUUGGUUCCUUCUGCAGCUGAGGAUUCUCAACAACUAAGAAAAGCUUUUGUAGGAUGGGGAACAGAUGAAGAGUGUAUUAUUCGGAUCUUAGGUCAUCGAAAUGCAGCUCAACGAAAGCUAAUCAGAGAAACUUACGAAGCAGCUUAUGAAAAAGAUCUUCUCCAGGACUUGGCAGGAGAAAUAUCAGGUGACUUUCAGCGUGUAGUGCAUUUGUGGACUAUGGCUCCAGCUGAACGCGAUGCAUGUUUGGUUAACGAGGCUAUCAAACAUCUACCCGGUAGCAACUGCAUUAUCAUGGAAAUCGCGUGUGCUAGGUCUUCUGUUGAUCUGUUUAAAGUGAGGCAGAACUACCAAGCUCGUUACAAGAAAUCGCUUGAGGAAGAUGUUGCUGAUCACUCAACAGGGGAUUUUCGUAAGCUUUUGGUUUCUCUUGUAACUGCGUUAAGAUAUGAAGGAGAAGAAGUGAAUAUGGACUUAGCAAGUGAUGAAGCAAAGAUACUACACGAGAAGAUCUCUGAUAAGGCUUAUAGUGAUGAUGAGCUCAUCAGAAUUCUAUCGAUUCGGAGUAAAACACAGCUCAAUGCAACAUUUAAUCAGUACAAUGAUAAAUUUGGUAAUGCAAUCAACAAGGAUUUGAGAGCCAAUCCUAAGGAUCAAUACUUGACCUUACUGAGAUCAGCAAUAAAGUGUUUGAUGGAACCUGAGAAGUACUUUGAGAAAGUUCUUCGAUUAGCAAUGAAGGGGAUUGGCACAGAUGAAGAGUCUCUUACUAGAGUUGUUGCUACUCGAGCUGAAGUCGAUAUGGAACUCAUCAAAGAGAAGUACUACAAGAGGAACAGUGUGACUCUGGAGAGUGCAAUUUCUGAUGACACUUCAGGAGACUAUGGAAAAAUGCUUUUAGCCUUAAUUGGCCAUGGAAAUCUUUGAAUUAUGUUGUAGGAUAUCAGAUGCGUUUCCUAAAUUCUGCAGUUUUUAUGUCCCAUAAGAGUUAGCUUCUGGUGACUAAACACACCAUUUUAUUUGUCACAUUUUUACUUUAACACGUCCCUUAAGAAACUGUCUUUUUGACUUUCAUAUUUAUUCUCUUUAAUCAUUCAAAA